AUGCGUCUCCUUGACGCAGUCCUGCUGCCUGGCUGCAUCGUCUUCGCAUCUAUCUCGGCAUCACUUGGAGCCCGUGUGCUUCGUGGAGAGAAGAUGACGGGUCCUGCUGGUCCACCCAUUCGAUUCGACACUGCAGCAGGCGGUGGUGAGGAAGAAAGAAGUUUUAGGUUCCUGGACGUUUUCUUAAGCCGCUUUGGGAAAUCGGCUUCCACAUUGAAGCCCUCCCGUAAGAUGGCUGAGGCUGCAACAAGCGUAGCUGGACUCACGCGAAAGGUCGACGACGCACUCGAGAAACGCAACGCUGUAUGGAACCAGCUGACCAAAUCGUAUGAGGACAUUAAAGCUACAUGGAAGGAGCCCGAAGCCCUCGCUUCUUUCAUCGGAAGUCGUCACUACACUGAAAUGGUUGACAGUGUUGUGGAGGCUAGCAAACCACUCGGCAGAAAACAUCAAAUCCUUGCAGUGGAAUUUUUCAUGAAAAACACUUCGCAAGAUGAUUUGAUGAAAAUGAUUGAUGGAGCCCUCAAGAGCAAGGAUGCGCGGAUUCGGGGACUUGGUGAAAAUUUCUUGACCGGUAUGGCGGAGGCGUCAUAUCGGCAUCAGGUGAAACUAGAAAAACUUAAUGGCAAGUAUCGUAUGUUUUUCGAGAAAGCUGGAGAGCAAUGGGAGAGAAAACAGGGCGAGAAGACUUUGUUUGGGAGGAUUAAGACAGAUCCUAUUAUCCCGUAG